GCUACCACUCUGGACCAUUUUUUCUCGUCAAGCAUUAUUAGCCAGAUAGUGAUCCUUUUGUGCAAAACAAAACAAGAAGUUAGGCCAUCCCAUCUGGCAUUGAGACCCCUGGUUUCCUGUGUUGGACAUGCCUGAGCCUGAGAACAGUGUGUCCUCCUAUUAUGCCUCACCUACAUAGUGUAUUUACCUUCCACUCUUCAGGGAGAAGGAUUCCCAGCAGCUGACAGGCUCUUCAAUUCUUUGGGAGGAACAUUCACUAACCAUGAUGAAGAGAAGAGUUAAGACCUACCAGAGCCUGACUGUUACCGUACUCCGAGCAAAAAACAACCAAUCUCAUGAUUAUUCUUCUGCCAGGUCUCACCGUACUAAGACUGUGCCCAACAGCAAGACCCCAGAGUGGAAUGAGAGUUUCCACUUCAGGGUCCACCGUCAUGUCAAGAAUAUUGUGGAGUUGACGAUGUACGAUGAGGACAGUAUCAUGGGUGAUGACUUGUGCUCCAUUGUAGUGUUUGACAUCAGUAACCUCACACCUGGGAAGAAGGAGACCAAGACCUUCAUCAGUGAACCGACCACAAAUGAAUUGUGGGUUGAGUUUGAGUUGCUGGAGAGUAAAGAGCAUGCUGGUGACUAUCUCUCUAAUGGUGUACUAGUGGCCUCCACAUUCUCUACUGUGGAUGUGAAUGUGGAAAAGCUGAUGACCACUGCCAUGGAGCAGAAUGUGGUACUGAAACUGUGUGGGGCCUUUCAAGAAGAACAUAAGAUUCUUGCUCCUGAAGAAACAUCGAACCUGGCCAAAACCGUACGCUACUACAUCAACAGAGACUUGGAGACGGAGCUUGGCUUGACGGAUAAAUUGGGUGAGAUAGAAGGUGCAACUAUCACUGGCGUAUCUGCUGUUCCACUCCAGCAACUUCCAGCCAGUAAUGACUUCAAAGUAUCUUUACCUAUGGGAGAGGACAUGGUGGAUCUACAUUUGAGAGCAGAGGACUGCCUAGAUGAUGAAUUUGAGGUGCGUCUUGAUUUUGACAUCCCUCCGGAGGAAAAAGAAUUCCUGAAGAAAAGAAAGGUGCUAGUGGGUCAGGCCUUACAAAAGGUGUUGGGCCUCAGCUCGGCCCCUGACCCUAAAAAGGUGCCUGUUAUAGCUGUGGUUGGCUCAGGGGGAGGGACCAGAGCAAUGACUGGCUUGUAUGGCAGUCUGAAGGGGCUGCAGAGACUGGGCCUACUGGAUGCUAUGAGCUAUAUCACUGGUGUGUCAGGCUCCACAUGGGCCUUAGCGACGCUGUAUCAGGAAGCAGAUUGGUCACAGUGUGAUAUGGAUGAGUCCAUCUCAGCUAUGGAGGGGGAGAUCACCAAGAGUUUCCUCAGUGCCUUCACCCCUGAGAAGCUGCAGUACUACAGACACCAGAUGGCAGAGAAAGAGAAGGAGGGUCAUAUGGUGUCACUCAUAGACAUGUGGGGUCUGGUCAUCGAGCACUGCCUGUAUGGGAAGGAGAACACCAGUACUCUGUCUGACCAGCAGAAGGCUGUAUCAGAGGGACAGAACCCUUUACCCAUCUGCACUGCUGUCAACCUGAAAGAUGGAGUGAAAGACACCACAAGAGAACUUGAGUGGUGUGAGUUCACACCAUAUGAGGUGGGCAUUCCAAAGUAUGGCGCCUACAUCCAUGCGGAGGACUUCGGGAGUGAAUUCUACCUUGGUCACCUAGUCAAAAAACAUCCAGCGAUACGUACCUCCUAUCUGCUUGGUCUUUGGAGCAGUGUCUUCUCUCUCAACCUGACCCAGCUUUGGAGAUUUGCAACUGGAGGUCAGCCAUCCUGGAGCCCAUGGCUGGGUGAAGAUGUCAACAAAAUAGAAACCGACAAUGAACCAACCACCCUGGACACCUAUCUCUUCAAGCCUGUCACUAACACUGCCUCAGCGCUGACCAGCUUCUUUACCACCCGGCCAGUCAUCACUCAGAUCUACAACUUUAUGCGGGGGUUCUUCCUGCACUGGAACUACAAUGACAACAGCAACUUUACUGCCUGGAAAGAUAUGCAUCCAGAUGCCUUCCCCAACAGACUGACUCCAGCUGACUCCACACUCCACCUGGCAGACUCUGGGUUCUCCAUCAACACAGGCUGCCCCCCUGUCUUGAGACCAGAGAGGGCUGUUGAUGUCAUCAUGUCCCUCAACUAUUCGUGGUGCGAGGACCAAUUCGAAGUCCUAAAGAGGACUGAGGUUUACUGCAAAGACCACAGCAUCCCCUUCCCCCGCAUUGACUUCAGCAGCGUGAAGGGACAGCCCCUGAAAGAGUUAUACAUCUUUGAGGAUGAAAAGAACCCCAAGGCUCCCACAGUGCUUCACUUCCCUUUCGUCAACAUCUCAUUCAAAGAGUUCAAGGCCCCUGGUGUGGCACGUAAGGGUAAGGAGGAGAUGAUGGCAGGGGAUGUUGACGUUAGCACAAGCCGCUCCCCCUACCUCACCAAACACCUGACCUACGCAGCAAAGGACUUCCGGGCACUGACAGACCUUACCUCAUACAACAUCCAGAACAACAAGGAGAAGAUCCUCCAGGCUCUCGGGAAGGUCCUCGAGAGGAAGGUGCCUGUGGAGGAAUAGGACCACCAUGAGCAGCACGCAUGCCAUUGACAUGAGCCCCUCCAUGGAGGGAGAGCGAGAACAACAUGCAAUCAGAUCAGUCUUUACAUUGAGAGGAGCAAUUCUAACUGCAAUUUCUUGGUGGGACGUCCAGUCUGGUUACACUGUCCAUUUGAGACAGUAAGAGAGAGAGGAAGACAGUGUGAAGACAUCAUCAGCAGCUUGCUGACUUGAUAUUGUGAAUAUAUUUUCAUGAAUUGUAUCUUCAAUUCAGGGGCCUUGGUUUCAUUUUUUAGAUCAUAAAGAGCAGAGUAUUUUGAUAUGAGUUUUUGCCUUCUACGUUUUAUGAUUGAUGUAUUUUCAGAGAGACCAGGUCUCAUUCAUUUGCUUGCUUAUUAUUAGAUGUCGUGUCUGAACUAUCAUUAAAUGUGAAGACUGUUAUUUUAUCAAA